AUGAAAAAACGUUUUAACAAAGAUGAUAUUUCCCAUCCUACAAGUUUUGAGCACCUAAUACAUACUGAAAAUGAAGAGGAAGCGCAUGAAUUUUUAAAACAUACAAAUUCAUCUAAUGAUGCAUUUCGUACUGUCAUCUUCAAGGAUUUUCAUUAUGAUGAUGAAAAAGAAUUCCAACCAGAAUUUAAGAAAAUAGUACCUUCCUUAACAACUAUUGAAAAAUCCGUCGCUGCAAAAAUUUACUUUGAAAAUUAUUUUUAUGGAGUACUUAAGAAACCUUCCGGUCGAUCCAAAAGACGGAAUCAACUUGAAACCGAAUUAGAGAACAUGAUAAUACCUGAUCAAGAUAAACAAGAAAUUCGUCAAGCCUGGCUAAAUCUUGAAUCCGAUUAUAUGCGUUUGUUACGUCAUCGAAUUACCAUUAAUGCUUUUCACAUGGUGAAAACUAUUGGUCAUGGUGCUUUUGGGGUGGUUAAACUUGUACGAGAAAAAAACACUGGUAUAUUAUACGCUAUGAAAAUGAUGAAAAAAGUUGAUAUGUUAAAAAAAGGUCAAGAAGGUCACAUACGUGCCGAACGUGAUCUCUUAACGGCAGCUACAGAAUCAGCUCAAUGGAUAGUUAAAUUAAUUUAUUCAUUCCAAGAUACUGAACAUUUAUAUUUGGUUAUGGAAUAUAUGUCAGGUGGUGAUUUAUUAAAUUUACUUAUUGAAAAAGACAUUUUCGAAGAAAAAUUCGCGAAAUUCUAUGUGGCAGAAAUGAUAUUAUGUAUUGAGGAAGCUCACAAAAUGGGUUAUAUUCACCGAGAUAUUAAGCCCGAUAACUUCCUUUUUGAUAAAGAUGGUCAUGUAAGACUUUCGGAUUUCGGUUUGUCAACAGAUUUCCAUUGGACGCAUGAUUCAGCCUAUUAUGAUCAACAAAGGCGAGAUCUUUUACGUAAGACAGGGGUAGAUAUUGAAAUUGAUACAAUUUCCAAAGCCAAUAAGAAAUGUCGAACAUCUAAAUGGAUAGAGCGAUGGUCUGAUGAAGAAUUUUCAUCCGAUAGUGAUGUUCCCAAUACUCGAGUAUUAAGUUGGAGAGAUCAACAUCGUAAGAAGAUGGCAUUUUCAGUUGUUGGUACUAAUAAUUAUAUGGCACCAGAAAUUUUAAGAGGAUCUGGUUAUGAUAAUAGUUGUGAUUGGUGGAGUUUAGGUGUAAGUAAUAUCAAUAAAGUUAAUAUAAGUUUAAAUGAAUAA